CAAAAUGGCGGAGGAGGAUGUUGUAGUUCGAAGUUAUGUACAAAACAUAUUAUAUCCGGGCCUCGGACUUUUUGUUGCGUAUUUUAUCUUUAAACGGCAGAUUAGACAUUGGCGAUUACGUUUAGCAGCAUGGAUCAUGACAAGAGUUGGUUGUAAGAGUAACAAAAUAUUUGGUGAACACAAAAAGGAUUUGUUCCAUUCCAUGAAGAAACUAAAGGCCACAGUUGGGACAUUAAAAGUUCUGGAGAUCGGAGCAGGAGGAGGUGUUAACUUUAAGUUUUACCCUGCUGGGACCAAAGUCACCUGUCUUGAUCCUAACCCGUGUUUUGAACCUUACGUGGAGAACAAUGCCGUGGUCAGUGGUCUUGUCGACAUGACAGGUUUCAUCAAAGCUUUCGGGGAGAACAUGUCUGAUGUGGCCGACUGUAGCUAUGACGUAGUGGUCAGCACACUGGUGUUGUGUACAGUUAGAGAUCCAGACCGAGUCCUGAAGGAGGUCAAGCGAGUCCUCAAACACAAUGGUAAAUAUUAUUUCAUGGACCAUGUGUGUGCAGAGAAAAGAAGCAUCAUCUAUUUCUUUCAACGUCUGAUAAAUCCAGCGUGGCGUGUGUUUGCUGAUGGAUGUGAAGUGACCAGGGACACUGGAGGUACCAUAAAGGCAGCAGGCUUUAAGACCCUAGACAUGAGAUACUUCACAGCACCAACAAAGUUGUUCCUCAUCAGACCCUGUUGUAUGGGCAUCGCAACCAAGGAGUAGUAAGAAAGGUGUAUGGGACACAGGUAUCUGUCAAUAUAGAAUAUAUAGCUGCCAAUACAACAUAGAACUGUGGAACACAAGAUCUUUAAGACACAGGCUUCUGUGUCUAUAAGAAUAUAGUGCCCUGCCUAUAGAACACAGGGCUUUGGGCACUCUGUAACAAAUAGGGACCUCGUUUGUAAGAAUACAUUGCCCUGCCUAUAGAACACACAGAGCUUUAAAAUACUGGUAAUUGUUUAUAUGACACAGGGGCCUGUGUCUAUAUAGAAUACAUUACCCUGCUUAAAUAACACAGGUCUAUAAUACAUAUAUGGUUCUAUAAUUGUAACACAGGGUCUUCUGCUGACUUUCUAUUUAGAUAUUGUGAUAUUUGUAGGCAUUUACAAAAAAAAACUGUUAUUAAGACUUUCGUUUGAUAUUUACCCUAGGUAUAUAUUAGUUUAUGUUAUCUGUCUUCAGGGACAGGUCAGGCAUGUAUUAUAUUGAGUUAUUUUUAAUAUUGUAUAAAACAUAAUGCAUAAUAUAUUAAACACUUUUCAUUCUAUAAAAAAAAACAAAGUUUUAUGCAUCCUGCACAAUCAGGUCUAUUUUAAUAUGGAAAAGUUUGGGAUAAAUGACAUUGUGUUUGCUAUUCUCUAUUAAGUGGGGUUUUUCAACUCAGGAAUUUAUUAAGUAGAAAUUUUAAUGUUUAUUGUACAAUAGCACAGGAUUUUUUUUUUUAAAUAUAUGGGUUUUAAAUAU